CUUGUUCCCAUUUCCACAACCACAUCGGUCUCGCCUUACCCUAUUCCCAGCCGCAAGAUUACCCCACAACAAUGGCGGACGAAGAAGUAGACUGGGGAAUGGAUGAGCAGGAAGACGAAUGGCGCGGAGGUGGUCUAGACGAUUCCGCGAGGAUCGACGACGAUGUAAUCUCUCUCGAGGGGGGCGAUGAUGAUGCUCAAGCGUCAAGUACACGUCAACCCGCUACUGGGCUCGGGUCUAAAAAUCCACCGACGGGUCCCAAGAAAGGUAGAAAGGGCGAAGUUCCGGGUGGCCCCAGGCAAGGUGCAGACUCUCAGACUUCGCGCAUCAAUGCCCAAUCCGCCGCUGCCGACUCUGAGAAACCUUCCAACGGCGGAGCCUCCCCCCUUCCUCCCGGAUGGACCGCCGUCAUGUCCAAAUCCCAUAACAGACCCUUCUACUUUCACAAAGAAAGCAACCAGACAGCUUGGGAUAAGCCCGCUUUCCCUGCUGAGCUCGCGCCCGAGCCACAAGCUGAACCUGUGGAGUCGGGUGCGGAGGUAGAAGCGGCCACUGCUGUACCCGUUGAGCAAAAGGAGAUUAAGGAGCGCCUUGUCCCAACUGGCCCUUCCGCGUCACGAAAUGUUGCUGCCCAGCCUAGAUCCACCCACGCGCCUGUCCCUGCCACCACACCUGCCAAUCAAGAUGCUGGCAACCAAAAUGUUGCCAAUGCUUACGCUCGCCGACAGACACAGCCGCCCGCUCCCCAGGGACCAGGUUUUGGUCCUGGGCCGGGAGGCCGAAACGCCCGCGCUCGAUCUCCUUUACGAGGCGACAGAGACGGCGAUGCCAAAAGGUUCAAGCAGGAUAACGGAGGCAGAAGGUCACCUCCGCCCCAUCAAUCCUUGAUCAGAGAUGAUUCUAGACGCCCUCGCCCGUCUCUUACACAAUCAAAUUCCUCUCUUCCGCCCAACGCGCGUGCACCUGGUAUCCCCACAGGACCAGGCGGUCCCGCAACACCUGCUGGCAGCAGAUAUGACCGAGAGCGCGACCAAGACCGCGAGAGGGAUAGGUCUGGGUACGAUCGCCCCCCCCAUGGAGGUGACAGGCCCAUGCCAGAAAGUGGAAGACGCAUCGACCGUCCCAGAGGACCACACCCGCACGUACAAGGAGCCAACUCUGCUCCAAUCGCAAAUAAUCGCUGGGGCAACAACAAUGCCGGGGCGGUGGCUGCGGAUGGAAAUGCCAACCUCGGCAGUAGGAGAACUGGCCCUGAGCAAGAGGCGGAAUUUGCCUCGCAACCUGUUCUCACUACGACUUUGAAUGUCUUGAAACCUGAUCUCAUUCCAGCUGCCUCUGCUACGGCCGCGAGCUUGUUGCCCACCAGUGGUGCUCCCGCCUCGGGUGUCGAGACUACGGAAGCCAAACGUGCCCGUCUCAGAGAAGAAGCUCGCACCGCCAAGCUGCUUCUGGACCGCAUCGCUCUUGAAGAGGCCAAUUUGGAACAAGAAGAGCGCCGGGCCCAAGAGGAACGAAGGCGUGAGCAAGAAGCGCAGAAACUCAGAAAGAUCGAAGAGGACCGAAGAAGGGAGGAGCAGGAGAGAAGGAGGGAGGAAGAGCUGAGGUUGAGACAAGAGAGGGAGCCUGAGGAAAGACAUAGACUCGAGUAUGAGAGGGAUAUGAGAGAGCGAGAGCGGAGUGCGCCCUUCCCUCCUCCAGGUCUUCGCGAUGCCAGGCCAGACUUUAGAGGCGAACGUCCUGAUCGUGGAUUCUUGCCUCCUCAAGACUCUGCAUUUGCCCGCGAGCCUUUGCCUCCUCAAGGUGCGCUCUCGAGAGACGGUCGAAGGGAGGGAUGGGACAGGCGCAGAGCGAGCGAUGGCUUUGGGCACGGUCCUGGACCCGCCGGAGACUAUCCUCCUCCCCCUCUUGGUGAGCGCGAGCGUGUACCUAUGCGGGACAGACUCGGCGGCGGUCCCAGGGACCGUGUCCCUUUCGACCAGCAGCAAGCUCCUGGACCAUUCGGCCGACGACCCCUUUCACCUCCACCCGGACACCCGUCUUACGAUCGCCGCCGCUCGCCCCCUCUCGGAAACUAUGGUCCUCGUGGCCCACCUGGGCCUAUGCGAGGCGGGCCUCUCGAUCACCCCAUGCCUCCUCACAUGCGGGGCGAUGUGAGGGAUAGGGAUAUGAGGGAUGUGAGGGAUAGAGAUUUCCGGGGUAGGGAUGUGAGGGGCGGUAGAGAGCCUUUCUUCCCUCCUGGACCUCCCGGAAGAGGGCCAGAGUCGAGGGGAGAGCCUGGAUUUGCCGGCCCGCCUCCUAGAGACCUGUUGAGGAGGCUGGGUAAGAGGGUAGACCACCAACUUGCUGAGCCUAUGGGCGGUAACCUCCAACGAGAUGACCGACGUGAUGUUACUCCUCGUCGCGGACCCCAGCAGAACAACAAUGCUCAAACGCCACGAUCCCGACCGCUCGCCGAGCGCAUGUCGGCCGUCGGCUCGCCGUCGACUCCACCUCUACCCCCUACCGCAGACGCGUCGGAUCCAUCAUUGCCCGUUGGCUCGAACGAAGUUCCCUCUGCAGGUGAUGUUAUCCCUGAACAGCAAGGAAAGGGGCAAGGCCAAGGACAAGACAAGCAGGAAAGAAGACGUGGAGGCAGGAAGAAGAGGGGAGGCCAAGGCGGUAGGAGGGACAGGGGCGGCGGAGGAGGUGGUGGCAGAAAUACUGGAAAUGGACAGGGUGGGGCGAACGGUGGCGGUGGGGGCGGCGGCGAAGCGUCCGAGGAGAAAAGAGGCGAGGAUACUGUCGACCCCGAGGGGCGAUAGAGGGAUCAAGUUGGUCUGGAGUUGAGUGUAAGAAAAAAUUGCAGCCGAACUAAAUGACGGUGUGUACAGUAUUCGAGUCAAGUACAUUGAGAUUCAAAUGCGACUUAUCUGUGAUCUUGUUAUCGAGCUUUGAUAUAUGGACAGACGAUCCUUUUGAACGAGAUCGAGCGAGAUAAUAAGUGGUGGUCGCAACACGUCAAAAUGCGAUACGAUCCAAACUUGUGCAUAGAUCCCGAGCUGUUCUACACAAAUGAGGUCAUUGCUUAGGCCAACAGCUCUCUGCUACUCUGUGUC